UGCCAGGACUAGUCGCAAUAGCUCAACUUAGGUCAGCUCAAUCAUACCCUGACAAUACAAUUGUCCUUCGCUUUAUAAAGCCUAUAAACAUUUCGUGCAAUGAACCUGAAGUUUUCUUACGCAUCGUUUAUCCCAAUGCAACCGUCACCAAACUAGAUAUUCCAUUGCCACCAGAGUCAAUUAGUACGUGUGUUGGAUAUGGGCUGGACUUUGUGCAAGUCGACGUCAUUCCGCCUCAUUAUCUGCUACUUUCGUAUAUAACAAAGACGUUUGUCAAUGGGGAUCCAACGCAGGCACGAUUUCAGCGAGUAGGUUAUACAGUCGAUGUCAAUGGCCAAGCAUCCAAUAACAGCAGCGAUAGUCGGAUUUCACUAACCGAGGCGGUUUCGGUACCGAGCAACGCAAAUAUAGUUCCUGGCAUCAACGAAGAUGAUGGAUUUUUACUGACAUAUCAGAUGACAUCUGAUAAUGUGAUUGGAUGGUCAAAAUGGGGCGCAAUUCAACAGAAUCAAACGUUUACUGAAUUAGCGAGCGGUAAUCUUCCUUCUGUCCACAAUGCCUACCCAUUUGCAACUACAAACGGUGGAUAUGGAAUAGCAUACACAGUCCUUUCUUCGACAGACGCAUCAUGGCAGGCUUUCGUGCAACUAAUGGACUCAACCGCGAACGGCUUUGGACAACCAUAUAUUAUCCACGAGACCAACUUGGCGUUAUCCGACUUUACUGUACACUUGUGUGAUUUUGCGUACGGCGGAGCAGGAUACAAUUGCAUAUUAAAAUUAGAACAGAGGGAUGCAACCAGUGGGGUUACGCGUGUUACGUUCAUGCUAGCAAACUUUCUUACUUCUGGAUCAGUUGUUCAAUUAGAAAACUUGAACUUUGAUGGUGUGGCUCUCCCGUUUGAUGAUAUCACGCCUCUCUUCUACGGCGGAUUUUUUGUGACGUUUUACAACAAGCUUGGAACUGACAAUCAAAGUGUCGUUGGUUAUGCGUAUGGUAACGACGGGUCUAAUGCUAGUCAGUGGGAUAUACCUGAUACAGUCAGAGUAUCUGAUACCUAUACCGUGUUGAGUAACAACACGCUCGUUGCUCUAUCGGAAACUCUAAGCAAUAGUUGGAAACUAGUCGCCACCGAUUUGCAUAAAUUCAUAAACGAUAAAGGCUAUGACAAUUUCAACAUUGGCACGACUGAACCGAUGAUCAAUGCUAGUUUUCCGAUUCCACCGGCGUCAAUCAACAUCACGUUUACACAGCCAGUGUUGCUAUCGUUUGGAAACAUCUCCAUCUAUCAAUACGACUCGACGGGGGCCGAAAUGUUACGACAGACAGUGUCUGGGAUGUCGUCGUACGUACAAGUGAGAAAUGACGGAUAUGCCGUAUCGGUCACAGUUCUCGAGAGCACGUUCAAUCAACCGGGUGCAUUCUAUUAUGCAACGACAGACAACAACUUUGUUAGAUCAAAUCAGUUGGGUGAACCAAUGUUUGGAAUAGCAAAAAAAAAGUGGAUUUUUAGCAGACAAUUAACAAACGAUAAUGUACACGAUGAAGGAACAUUUGCUUUGUUACGACUCAACCAAAACGGAACAGCAUACUUUAGUAACUUGGAUAAUGAUGGAAUGAACGGAUUUUUUGACAGCUUGCUUUCUGAGCUGGUGGCUGUUCUUCCACUGUCACCAGGCAGAUUGACCACGUCAAAGAAACAUCAGUUCGACACUGCGAAUUCUGCCAAGGUUUUACUCCAAGUUCAUGUUGAGGCUGGCAACACGUCCGAACCGAGUACCGGUCAAGUUGUUACCGAUCUGGAUACAAUGGUGAAGAACAAGGCCAUUACGCCACUUGUUACCCAACCGCUUGCAUCCAUGCUUGAUGAGACAUUUGGAUUUGAACCUAUACCUGACCUGUGGCAUAAAUACAGAAUGAGACUUUUGUACUUGAUUGGAUUUUUUAUGUUCUUUCUCUUGGCUUUUAUCAUCGCACAUCGCUUAUCUCCAGAGUCAAGGAAUUGGGCCAUAUUUCCGAUUACCUUUAUCUGCAUAGACUAUGCAUUAGACAUUGCUUUUAUUGCUAGACAUGGAAAUGACGUGCCAUCACUCUAUUAUCCAAGCAUAAUCAUUCUAUUCCUCUCGUUUGCAUACAAUGUUAUCAUGGCAUUCCUCAUUCUUUUGAGAGAAAAGAUAAAUAAUGUUGAAUUUGAUAGCUGGUUCAAAGAUAAUCUUGUAAUAACAUCUCUGCUUACCAUUUUAUCGGGAGCAGAACUUGAAGCAUUGAGGUUUAUUUCUUCGAGAUUUGCUGGGCUCCACAUGUUUGCCGCUCCAUUAUCAAAAGCUGCCGAAUCGUGGAUCCUUUGGGCAGGAUUUUCAACUCUGGUUAUUGAAGACAUUCCGCAAUUCGUCAUUCAAGUAAUCUAUCUUUGUUGCGCCAUUUCAUAUGACAUUAUUCCAUUCUCGACACUUGUAAUGAGUAUAAUAGUUCUGUGCAAUAAUCUCUUUACACGACUGUAUUAUAUAGUUUGCGGUUGCUUGCGGGAUAAAGCAUACCGUCAACCAUCAAUCGAAGGCCAAUUAACAUCGAGUAUAGUAUCGUUCCAAGAAAGUCUUUAA